UCAAGUCUGUGCAUUGUCAAUAGAUGAAUGUAAAUAAAAAUGAUAGUGUUCCAAAUCUUGGAUAAUCUGGACGCCUAAAUUAGCGAGAUUUUUAAUAGAAAACAAUAACAAGCUCUAAAAUAGUGAUUUGUCAUUAUAUUUAGACUUGAAAUCUUUGAGAGAAAUAGUGGCAUCCCAAGCCAAGACGUGUGAGAAAAAUGGCUGAUGGUCAAGGGAACAUAAAUAGACGAAAUACAGGCACAGUUCCAAAAAUUAAAUACUCCAAUAAAGCGGCUGCUAUGCGCUCGUCAAAGGACCAACCAAAAAGCGGUCGAAUGUCCAACAACCUCUCUCCCUCGUGGCACAUGAAUGGUGACUCUGCGAAUUUCAUUGGCAACAAGGGAAGGAUUCAAAGAAGCCACUACUCCAGCAUGGAAGUUGCUUUGGAUGGCUCAGAAGUGUCCAAUGGGAUUGCGAAUUAUCCAUUGAAUGGCAUCACGCCAGCAAGCAGUUCCUCAACUUCAAGAAGAAACUCAAUUGGUUCGACCCUAAAAUGCGACAAUGUCACAAAAUACCCAGACAGGCGGCAGAUUGAAGACAAACUGCACCAAAUCAGGGAGUAUCUUGAAGUGACCAGCUCCUUAAUGACCAACAUCAGGAACUCAGACGAGCAGAUUUUUGAUAUUGAUGAGAAAACAAAUUUGCUGCAAACCAGAGACGAUCUGCUGGACAGUGAAAAAAAAUUGUCUAAGCUUCUGGAAGAAAUUGAUAACAGUGAAAUGGCAGAAAGCGUGGUUGACCAGAGCCUCAGCAAUGCGGACAACUACUCAGAACACAGCGGCGACUAUAUCAAGCGUGUUGAAUCUGACUUUGAGAGCUUCGACAAUGAGCUGACUGCGAUGAGGGACCAGCAGCAAUCCCUGCUGAAUCUGAAGCAAAAGUCCGAAAACCGACUUAUGGACGCCCGACUGAUUCAGGACAAAUUGGCGGCUGCUGGUCACUCAGCCAGCAAUCAAGUGAAUCUGGAUACGCAGAAGUGCAACAAGAACCUGAGCCUUGCCGAGUUUGACACCGCAAUUCGCGAUUUGGAGGAGAGGACCAAGAGGCUCAACCGCAAUCGCCCGGAAAAUGAAAAAAUCACGGCCGACAAAAUCGUGUCCGAAAUGCAGCAUUUGCAGAGUCAGAUCAUCAGCAUGCAUGAUGCCAACAACGAGAGGGAGCAGCUGAUUCAAGUGUUAGAUAAUCGAGACACUGAGCUUCGAUCGCAACAAGCGCAGUUAAAGAAGAAACUGAUCGAGCUUCAAACGAAGAAGGAACAGGUUGAUGAGCUGGUCAUGCAGCUUCAAAUCCUGGACGAAGACAAUCAAAGCGACGUUGGUAUGCAAGUACGCAAUAUCGUGACAAUGAAGGACCAGCUGACUAAGCUGAAAGACAUGAUGGGAGUGGUGAAUAACAUGAGCGAAAGUGCUUCGGCUGCUGAUGUACAGGCAGCCACUAACGAGAUUUGUCUUACGGCGGAAAAUCUGCAAAAUCAAUUAGCUAAGCCCAGUCAUAAAAGGAACGACAGCUACGUGGAAAAUAGAUUGGACAAUCACGUUGCAAACGAGACGUUUCAAAAGCAGCUGAAUAAAUCCCAGAGGAACCAGGGAGCGAAGCCCAAGCAAAGAACAGCCAGCAUCAAUGAAAAGAUUGCCUUGCAAUCAGAGCUGGAGGCCAAAAAGCGUGAAUUGGAGGAAAUCAUGGGCAAACAUAAAGCAUCCACUUCGAACCUCAAUCACGACGUCCGAGGCAAUCCUGUUAACGAUAUGUCUUGGAAGCCGCCCAUUUUCUGCCAAGACGAGACGAGCGAGGACAGACUCUCAAGGUGUGACGGAGACGAAAACGAGUAUUCCGAAGUGCACGACGACGAAAACAUAAUUUUCCCACAGCAAGUGAACUCUUACUAUCGCUCAAAUCGAGCAAAACGCACCCCAGAAAAUCGCUCAAUGUACGAUUUUCCACCCGAAACCUUGCAGAGUGUUUCGCAAGCUUCCGGCCGUAAUGUCCGAAGCCAGUCGGUUAAUCCGCCGGAAUUUGAUAGACAACAAGCCCGGUUGCCUUCAAACAAUCAGAAUCAGGAGAAACCAGAUAAAAUUCAGAAGCAUCUGGAGCUGAUCAAAAGCGUCUGCGACACCGUUCUGGAACAAAUGCCCAACAAUCAGGCGUCCAAUAUACAACAAGUGCGGAACAACAUCACGCCUUCGUCGAUUUACGCGGAGGGACAGCGGGUUCCGUGCCCACCGAGCCCCUUUCGAGCCAAUCAGAAUCAGGUUAACGUUUUCCAGGCGGAGCCUCCGCUGUUUCAAGCGUCUGCUAACAACCAAACCGACAAUGGGAGUUACCAGAACUGGUUGGCAACCAAUACGUUGCAAACGCAGUCUUUUAUGCUCACCACUUUGAAUCAGUGCUGCCAAAUGCUGUGGGCGCAGCAAAGAGAAAUUGCCCAACUCCGAAACAAUGUUAACAUGCUCCAAGAAAGAAUGGACUUGCCGUCGUACCCCCAGCCAGGAGACUUGCCCCCCAACCUUCACACUCAGUCCUUUAACGCGCCCGCUCAGAACCAUCUCCCAAGUAACCAUCUGCGUGUUUCGACCGCUCAGAAGACUAACCAAGUGUCCGCUGCUUGCUCAAUGCCUAACUUAAACCAAUAUAAUCCGGUGUCUUCGAACAGCGACAUGGCUUUCUCUAACUCGAGCAACGUGCCUAAUUGCGCCCUGUUAGAGUCGUGUUUGAAUAACGCAAGCCAGCAUAAUCUGAUGCAUGCGGCCAAUUCUAACUUAAACCAGGCGAUACCUGCCCAGAUCUGGAACGGACAGGCCUUGAACAAUCAAGUGGCGCCUGGUAAUCGAGCUAACAAUUAUUGGGACAAUUUUCGAAGCUAUUCGCGUCAAAAUCAGCUAUCAUCGAAAAACAGCGAAAGCAGCGUUCACAACGCAGCCUCCAGUCUGGAUCGGUUUCAGCUGGAUCGAAUCAACCCAUUUUCUAUAAUGACCACUUCCAAAAGCAAUUCCGAACACUCUUCGACCAAUUCACAGGAAACCACUCCUCGUAAACGAAGCUCAUUUAAUGUGCCCAGUCAGCGAAUGCAGCAAACGAAAGUCGACCAUCAUGGUCCGCCCCCCGAUGUGCUCAACGUGAAUCAAAACCUGCCCAAAGCAGGCUUUGAUCAAGUCGAGCAAUACAUUUCACAGCCUGAGGGCAACUUUAUGUUAGAUGGGCUGAAGAUCGAUCUGGGCAGAGCCCUAGAUAUCCCCGCCCAGGAAAGAGUAAAUAUUUCCCGGGAGCCUUUGCAGGGGCGGCAGCGCAACGAGUGGCACACUGAAGAGCGCAGAGAUCAGCGACUGAAAAAGAACCGGUUGGUCGAUGAGUUAAGAGAAAGCGUGUAUAAGGAAGUGGCCUCAUUGAUAUCCGCCAACGAAGCCCGACCCCAUUUCCUGAUCCAGCUAUUUAAAGAUCUGCAGAAGAUCGAAUCCGAUUCGUUGCGGCUGAAGAUUUUGCAAUCAAUUCAAAGCAUUUUGACCCAGUCGUUUCAGUGCCCGCCAAAUCCCAGCUCAAGACCGAUGGCAGCAUCUGAAUCAGUGCUAUCGGAAUCUUCUGAGCAGGCUUCCAUUUGGUCCAAACCCACCAAGCAGCUGUCAUCAGGGCUUUUAAACUUGCAUUUGGAAGGAGACGAGCCAUUUUUGCAAAACUCAUACAAAGACAUCGUGUCCCUUUUGGAUGGAUGUGAAGACGAUGUGAUAGGAAAUCGGCUUCUGGCUGACAUCAAGCAGGUGUUUUUGGAAAGUGAUCUUUUCAGGGAUUCGGUCAAGGACACGGUGUUUUUAAAACACUUUUCCAACGUUCUUAACGAUUCUCUGGAGCAAUAUCGGGGGAAAAAAGUGCACGAGAUGAAGGUGCAUUUGAUUCAAACCAUCGGCGAUUUGCUGCAGGGCGAACUGUCCUUUAUUCAUCUCAUCCAGGAGACGAUUCCGGAAAGUUGCCUGGGACCGGAGAGGAAAGACUCGGCGCAAUCGGCGCCUUCUUAUAGUGCGGCCAGCACGUUAUUUGAUCUGUCCAAUCAAGGAUCAUUGCAAAACGACAACAUCCAGAACGGGGACUUGGCAGAAGCCGAUCAAAGCAGGCUUGGAGAAAGUGAGCUUGAAGACGAAGGAGCUGUGGGAGGAAUUAUCGAGUCUCCUGAGGAAGUGCUACAGGAUCAACCAGAAGAACUGAUACACGUACCCACUAUAGAUUUUCCUGUUAACGGAGAAGGUCUGGAUCAAGUACCAACAAGGCUUCCCACUAAAGUAAAAUCUGAAUCAACUACUCCCACUAAAGGCCCCAUUCUAGAUCUUCUUUGUUCGAAUCGCGAAGAGCCCUACUGAAAGCAAUUCAAUCUAAUGAGUUUUCUAAGCGAAUUGUGUGCAUUUCCAGGUGGAAGGCUGUGUGAAGUUGAAUAUUUGGACGAUAAUUAACUGUUUUUUUUUGUAAUCUUUGCCCGACUCAAAUUUUUAUCUAACUGUUCUAUAGGAUGUCUUUAUUCGCCGUUUAUAAACAUAUUGAAAUGUAAUCGAUUUAAGGACAAUGUAGAAAUAAUCCAAAUAAUACAUAUGUUGAAUGAACCAAUAAAAAUACUUACCUAA